UCAAAUCGACAAUGAGUUCUUUUCGUUUAAAGGUCUCUAAGGCGAAAGUUGUGUUUUUCUGUGCAUUUCGCGUUUCGUGUCAAAAACUAAAGACUUAAACAUGCGUUACGUGGCUGCAUAUCUGUUGGCUGUCCUCGGUGGACAAGAUAGCCCCGCCAAUGCUGAUCUGGAGAAGAUCCUCAGCUCGGUGGGCAUUGAAGCCGACGCUGAGCGUCUGACCCGUGUGAUCAAGGAGCUUAAGGGCAAGAGCAUCGACGAUUUGAUCAAGGAGGGUCGUGAGAAGCUCUCGUCGAUGCCUGUUGGUGGUGGCGGUGCAGCUGCUGCUACACCUACAGCUGGUGCCCCCGCGGCUGCUGCCGGUAGCGACAAGAAGGAAGCCAAAAAGGAGGAGAAGAAAGAAGAUUCUGAGUCUGAAGAUGACGACAUGGGCUUCGCUCUCUUCGAAUAAACUAACUUCUCAACCAUUCGUAUAUACUGUGUAAAAACCAUUUACAACAGCGACAUUUAAGGACUCCUGGGCAGCAGUAACAACGUGUGCUAUACAGAGUAGCAUAUAUUGCUUAAAAUUGUUAAUACCACCCAACAACAAAUAUAGAAAAGAACAAAAGUUAAAACAUUAUUUCUAUGAAAUAAAAAUCUGCCGUGUUUACGCUUUAUAUACGAACAUA